UGCCGCUGUUGCUUUUCGUCGCUUGCUGCAGACAUGGUCAACCUCACCAUGUUCUUCAACAUCACUGCUGAUGGCGAGCCCUUGGGCCGCGUCUCCUUGGAGUUGUUUGCAGACAAAGUACCAAGGACAGCAGAAAACUUUCGUUCUCUGACCACUGGAGAGAAAGGAUUUGGCUAUAAGGGUUCCUCCUUUCACAGAAUUAUUCCAGGAUUCAUGUGCCAGGGUGGUAAGGUCACCUGCCAUAAUGGCACUGGUGGCAAGUCCAUCUACGGAGAGAAAUUUGAGAAUGAUAGCUUCAUCCUGAAGCAUACAGGUCCUGGGAUCUUGUCCAUGGCAAAUGCUGGACCAAACACAAAUGGUUCCCAGUUUUUUAUCUGCACUGCCAAGACUGAGCGGCUGGAUGGUAAGUGUGUGGUCUUUGGGAAGGGGAGAGGAGGCACGAACAUUGUGGAAGCCAUGGAGCAUUUUGGGUCCAGGAAUGGCAAGACCAGCAAGAAGAUCACCAUUUCCGACUGUGGACAACUCUUAGUUUCUUUGAUUUGCGGGCAUUUUACCCAUCAAACCAUUCCUUCUGUAGCUCAGGAGAGCGCCCCCACCCCAUCUGCUCGCAAUACCCUGUAAUCUCUGCUCUCACUGAAGUUCUUUGGGUUCCAUAUUAUCUUCAUUCCCCUUCAAGUCUAGGAGGAUUGCAAAGUUAAGUUUAUGAUUAUGAAUAAAAACUAAUAAGAAAAAAAAAGACACAACGUAUAACUGAUGCUGUUUUUACUUUCUUUUUUUUUAAUUGCUCUCUGUAUUUAUUAUCUAUAGUUCGUGCAGUAAGAGGGGUCAAAAGCUUACAGGUUACACAAUUUCACAGGAAGCAUUGUAGGGAAAGAGAAGGACUGAGAUUAAUCAACUGUAUCUUAGGGUCUUGGUGGACGCAUUUCUGGGGGAGGUGGGCCUCUAAUUCCUGGAGGCGGGGGGUCUCAUUCCUGGAGGGGGCAUGCCAACAGGUGUCCCUUGAGCAGGGAAAAGACCAAUUGGUGGGCCCAUGGGUGGAGGAGCCAUAUUGCCUUGAGGUGGGGUUGCUCUGCCUACAGGUGGAGGUUGAGUUCCGUCUCCUGGCGGGUACUGGGUUGGGGCUCCUGCAAUGCUAGCAGCAACAGCAGCAGCUGCAACAGUGCCUCUUCCCUGUGGGGUCAUGACCUGCUGGGAUGGGCCUCCAACUCCCUGGGCAGGGCCUGCUAAUCCAGCAGGAGCUUGGGGAAUAGGUACACCUGCAGGUACUGUGCUGCCAGAUGCUCUUCCAACCCCAGGGCCACCUGCCUCACCAGCAAGCGGCACAGGAGCAAAGCCAGUAUCUUUAGGAGGUGAACCCUCCACUGUCAUGGAAACCAAGUUAUCUCCAAGUAGCAAGACCAGACCCAAAACCGGUUUUUCUUCACGUUCUGGCUGCUUUGCAUUCUUUGGCUUGAUCUUCCUGAGCUCAUUACAAUCACAGAGGAUCAAAUUAAUAUGCUUGUCAAAAGCCUUCAAGGUGCCAAUGAAGAAUCUUCUAUCGUACAGAAUACAUCUCAUUCUACAGUCAGUAUGCCGCAUCAUCUUGCUAUUCUUACCCAGUCAUGAUUGCUGUUCCACAAUAGCAGUUUUCAACACUAAAAUUUCAAGGUCCUUCAUACUUGGGGGAGGGCAAUAAAUAAAGGUUUGAUUCAGGUUGUUAACACAGUGUAAGCGUGACCGAAGUUUCACGAAGAGUGGAUGGGUCCUGUUUUCCUUGACUACCACCACCUUGAAGUUGCAAUACUGCUUUAACCACCUCUUGGUGUCUCAGCUAAGAACGCCUAAAUCAGUUCUGCCUGGAAAUCCACCACGGGAACUUGCUGUUGCUGAGAACGCCGUGGGUACAAGUGACACUCUUGGUUGCUCAGUGAGGCUGUCCUUCUAGGUUUGACCUGGACCUCAAUCUCUGGCAGGUGCUGUUCAGUAGUUCUUCGAUCCCUUCCUCGCUCCAUUGCGUUGCAAAUCACUCCUCAGAACCAAGCGUCUGACAUCUCCAGUUCCCUCUACUCUCUGUGCU